AUUCAAUGCAACAUGGUAUGUAACUUAGAUGCGCAAGCCGCAAACUGUAGCGAUAGUGUCGUAAAACCUCAAAGUGUCGGUGUGUUUGAAAGAGUGAACUGUUAAUUUUAUCGGUGGAAACUAAUCUCCAUGGAGCUCACAGUUGAAAAUGUGCGGUUUUAUUGAUGGCCGUAUUUUCAUUUGAAUCGCUUUUGUUUAACGCCAAAAUGAAGCAUUCGCUCGAACACAGCAGUCGAAAAAUAAGUUGAGCUUUACCAAAACAACCUCGAAAAUGGCAACAUGCAACAACGAAGUAAAUGCAGGAUCCUGUGCUGCGGUGGAGGUGAACCCAGACAUCCACAUCUGCGGCUUCUGCAAACAGCAGUACAAUAAUUAUGAGGUUUUUCUCGCCCAUAAACAAAACGGAUGUUCCCUUCCCUCUUCUCAUACCGCGGUCAGCUCUGUAUCAACUUCUCUUACAGGUUCCAGCACAGAGUUUGUUCUUGAGGAUGCUUAUCAGGUCUGUGUGGUGAGAGGCGUCAAGAAGUCAUUGACCAAAGCACAGAAAACUCCAUCCAAGAAACUAAAACCUGCCCUGACUUCCAAAAGACACUCCUGCUGUUUCUCAGGUUGCACUUUUAAGACACAGUAUGGCCAAAAAGACAUGGAGCGACAUCUCAAGACUCACACCGGUGAGAAGCCGUUUGAAUGUGAGCUUUGCCACAAGCGCUUCAGCCGGCGUGACAAACUGAACAUGCACAGCCGCUCCCACACGGGCGAGAGGCCUCACAAGUGCAAGCACUGCUCGUACGCAGCAGCGGAUAGCAGCAGUUUGAAGAAGCACCUUCGGAUCCACUACGACGAGCGGCCGUUCAAAUGCCAGAUCUGCCCUUACGCCAGCCGCAACUCUAGCCAACUCACUGUGCACCUCCGCUCUCACACCGGUGACGCACCUUUUCAGUGCCAGCAGUGCGACGCAAAGUUCAAAAUCAACUCCGACCUGAAGAGGCACCUCCGCAUUCACUCCGGGGAAAAGCCCUACAAAUGUGACUUCUGUGAGUACCGCUGUGCUAUGAAAGGAAACCUGAAGUCUCACACUCGCAUCAAGCACGGCACUGAGAACUUGUUUCAGUGUGAACAGUGCGACUACAAGUCCGCCAGCAGGUCGGCUCUGCGGCAACACGCGAGGCAGCACCUGCCCGCUCGGCCCUUUCAGUGCUCCAAAUGCACUUACUCAUGCUCCAGCAAGGGGGCGCUCAAAGUCCAUGAGCGGAUCCACUCAGAGGAGCGCCCCUUCAGAUGUGAUUUGUGCAGUUUUGCCUCCAAGCGACUCAGCUGUCUGGUCACUCACAGAGAGCAGUGUCACUCGGAUAAAGCAGAGAGAGGAAGAGUCAGGAAUGCCGGCAGAGGUGGACGAAACUCUCCUAAACCUGUCAGCUCUCGAUAUCGGGCCAAACUGGAUGCAGCCCGGGCCUUCCACUGUGAUUUGUGCGAUGCAUCGUUUGUGAGGGAGGACUCGCUGCGCAGCCACAAGAAGCAGCAUAGAGACGCCCAGGACAUGGUGCAUCUCCAGCUUUCCAGCUCAGCAGACAUGGUCAACCUGGUUCCCGUUACAAUGCCGCAAAGCAAUGCUCAGAUUGAAGUUCCCUUCCCAUCUAGUUCAAUGGUUUCAUACAAUAAUGCACAGAUUAAAAUCAUCGUCCCACAGCCUUUGGGUCAGCAAAGCACCUUAAUCCCUGCUGAUGGGGAUGGAACAAGCAAAACGAAACUGGUCUUACUGGAGCCAGAUAACCAAGACGUCGUUGUCAAUCAAUCUAUGAUCCAACAAGUCAACCUGCUGGCAGCUGUACAACCUCUCGGGUCGUCUUGUAGUACUGUCAGGGCCGAACCCCAGACUGUCCUGCUGACAAAGCUGAGCUCAGACAAUAACACCCCUCAGGACUCCAGGAGCACACAGACUUUGAUCACCUACAGCUCUGAUCUGGAGGGCCUCAGCACCUUCAUACCUGAUGGGGGCACAGAACUAAGAGUCGUGACAAAAAAGAGCUCACCAUUGGUGACAAUAGCAACUCCACCGGACACGGUUGUCUCCAAGCCUGCUGAGCCUUGUCAAGAAGCUGGACUGGUGGUUCCAAACAUUGGCAUUGGUAGCCAGAACGUGGUCAUCCAGGGCGUUCCACUGAUCAUGUGCACUCAGCCACAGCAGGGCGCGGUGGAGCAGCUCUCACCACACACACUCUACACAGAUUCACACACACCUGGAAGCAUGCUACAAUGAGUGAAAUGAAAUGUACUUUACAUUUUCAGUGAGAAGUUCACAUAACUCAUCAUAGGAAGCAGGUUCUAUAUUAUUUUGGAGCUUUUUAUUAUUUAUUUGAACCUUUCAUACAACAUACGAUGAAAGACUUUUUAAAAACAAGCAUCGGGUGCAAAAAUUAAAAUUUGAAUGCAUUAUGAAUUAUUCACAUCAUGCACCUCCAGUAAGAUUUGAUUAAAUGUUGCUAAGCAAGUUUUUCUUUAACCAAAUGCUUUUAGUUAACAUCAACAAGCCUUUUUAUUGAAGAUUUGACCACUCUUUCACUUUAACUUUGCUUUGCUUUUAACCAUUGUCAAUAAAUUUUUAAUAGGUUCAGUGGGUGAGCCAAUGGGAAUUGGUCACCCAUUAUAUCUACUUAAACAUAGCCCGUCCUGAUCUUUAUUGUUGCCCUCAAACCUGUGCAUGCUGCUGUUCUAUGGCAGGUUUUAUGGGAUAUGUAGAAUAGCCAACUCCCCAAAGAUGUUCCCAAUCCAAGAAAUAUGGUCCCUCCAGGGUGACCUGGGUCUACCGCUGGGUCUUCUUCUAAUAGGAAUUCCCUAACCUCUCCAGGGAGGAGUCUGGGAGGCUUCCUAACCAGAUGCCCAGUGGCUCGUCUCUACUCUGAGUCCCUCCUGGAUGAAGGAGCGGCUCAUCCUAUUUCUAAGGGAAACCGCAGACACCCAGCGGAGGAAACUAAUUUCAGACCCUUGUAUCCAUUUUCUCAUUCUUUUUGUCAUUACCUUAAGCUUGAGACUAUAGAUGAGGGCAGGAACGUAGAUCAACUAGCAAAUCGAGAGCUUCACCUUUCAGUUCAGCUCUCUUCACCCCAACAGACCGAUACGUGUUCAUGUCACUUCAGAUACCACACUACUUUUCCUGUCGAUCUCCCACUCCAAUUUUCCCUUUUUUUGUGAACAAGUUAAACGGCACUACUUUGGGUAGGACCUCGCCUCCAACCUGUUGAAACACUCUAUCCUUUUCCAGAUCAGGAACAUGGUCAAGGUGCUGAUCUGCAUCCUGGCUGCUUCACAUUCUGCCUGAUGCCUCCAAAACAGAUUCCCUCAACAUCUUGGCAUUGCCUAGAAAUGCUGUCAAGAAAGGUGACGAAGGGAAACCUUGGAGUCCAGCUCUCAUUGGAAAAGUGUCCAGCUUACUGCCGAUAAUGCAGACCAAGAUCUGACCCCGGUCAUAUUGUUACCCAAUGCUCCCAAAGUACCACCCACAGGAAACCCUGAGGGACACAGUUGAACAUGUUCUCCUAUCCCACAAAAUUUAAUUCCUUUCAAAACUUUUUCCACAACUAAAUGGAUAUUUACUCCUUAAAAUUGAAACCUACUAACUCUGUUUGAAGAGAAAUCUAAAAUUAAUAAACUUAAUUGGAAAAUGGAGGAAAAAAAUGGUUCAAAUAAAAUUAAUAUAACAACUUGACCAUGAUGAGUGUAAGUUAACUUGUCACAGGAAUUGCAGAAUUAAGUGAAACUAUACAUAAGCUCUUUUAAUUGUCUGGAAGAAUUGGGGAAAACUGCUACAAUAUCAAUACUGAAGCUGCUGUUGAUUGCUGAGAAGUCUGACAUAUGAAUGACAUCACGCCAAGCUGAAAACAUGGAGGUAGCUGCAGUGUAAAAACAACAAAUGUUGCCAAGUAUUUCUGGUCUAGUUUCUGGUGCUAAUAUUUUAGCUUUCUCCUAUUUCAAGUGAUCAACUUUUCUGUGAGAUAUAGAACGUUUUAGGUCAAUAACUCUUGACUGUUGAUUAAAACUAUUAGUUCCACUGGCAGAUUAUUUUUUUAAUUAUCACAAUAUAUUCUUUCCACAUAAGUGAGAAAUAUCUUACAGUGGAGCUAGUAGUUUUGAUAAAUAUUAAACAAUUUAUUGACUUGAAACAAGCUCCUACAUGUUUUGGAAAAGUUACAUAUGACUUAGAUUUGUCUUAUUUCAAGUGUUCUAAUAUAUUUGCACUAGAAACUAAAAAUACUGGCUAUGAUUUUGUGUUUAUUUUAGUGUGUAACUAGCAGGUAAAGUGUUACAGUUCCUCCAGUUGAAAGUUGCGUUUACAGGCAAAGUGAAUGACAUAUACUGACAGGAGUGAUGACGAACUGCAGCAUUUGUUUACACAGUGUUUUCCUGCUCACUGAUGAAUACCAAUUUCAAUAAAUUUGUGUUCAUUUGAA